AUGGCUUCCUUUUCUCGCUGGACCGAUCUAUCAGAUCAACUUCAUUCAACUCUUCCAGCCUUUGACGAACUGAUUAACAAAGAUUCUCAAUAUAAUGCUUUUGUAAAGACCCCGGCCAUUCUUCCCCAAAUAACCUUUGGAAUUGGUGCAUCGGCCUCAAACAACAUUAUAAUUAUUGCCAUAGAUAACGGUAAAUGUCACGCGAGAGUUGGUACGGCCCAGGAGGCUUCAUUCAUACUAUUAGCAUCGCUUAGACAUUGGGAGCAAUUCUUUCACCCGAUCCCAGUUGCUCCCUUUCAAAGCUAUUGGGGUAUGUUUGGAAUGAACAUUAAGCAAAAAGGCAUUGAGAUUCAAGGAGAUCAAACAUCUUUUACUCAGCAUACGCAUAUCUGGAGACGAGUUCUUGAAGUGCUUCAUGACGCAUAUUGCGGGCCGAUGGAAUUAGAUGAAGAGCCUGAAGUUGAUGAGGAUUAUGUCACUGGUCGUUAUGUAUACUUGACCAUCCCAACAUGGGGAAAGUGCAAGGUUUUCUAUGAACAAAGCGGUUCUGGGAAACAAGACAUAGUUUUUCUCCAUACCGCCGGUGCAGAUGGUCGACAAUAUCAUGGGGUUAUGAAUCAUGCUGCCAUGCGUGAGAAGUGCAAUAUGAUAGCUUUUGAUCUACCGGGCCAUGGGAAGAGUUAUCCUCCUCCAAAUCACUGUCCCGGUGAUUAUACAAAUACCGAAGACAGUUAUGUCGGUGCUAUAACCGCAAUAGUCAAAAAACUGAAAUUGAACAGACCCAUUAUAUGCGGAGCAUCCAUGGCUGGACAAGUAUGUUUAGCUGUAGCAACUAGAGCUGACGAAGUUGGUGCCGGCGGGACAAUUCCACUACAAGGCUGCGAGUAUCUUAACAUGGAUCGACAAUUCAACGACCAGUCACCCUAUGUUAAUCAGUCACUCUUCAACCCAGAAUGGGUUUACGGCAUGAUGUCACCAACCACCCCUCUCGCCAACAAACAACUCAUUUGGCACAUGUAUAGCGCAUCCGCCUACGGAAUAUUCCACGGGGAUCUCGACUUCUACUUCGGCGGUUUCGACGGCCGCACCAGAGUCACCAGCAUUGAUACCAAAAAAUGUCCAGUAUUCAUGCUGACUGGCGAAUAUGAUUGGAGCAAUACACCUGCUGUGUCUCAAGCAACUUGUGAUAAGAUUCCGGGGGCGAGACAUAAGGCUAUGCCUGGCAUUGGACAUUUCCCGGCGACGGAGAAGCCGCAGAAAUUUGUACCACAUCUCUUGGAGGCGAUCGAUUGGAUUCGUCAUAUGAGAAUGCAGGAUGGGGUGGGGGAUGUGGAGCGAGAUGUUUGA